AUGGGCUGGGGCAGUGCUCUGCUCCUACUGGUCUCGCUUGCACAGACAAUGCAUUCUGGAUGUCUCUUUGUCUCUACGGUCGCCUUGACCUUCCACAAGGUGCCAGCCGCCUCAGCGCAGGCAGAACUUCACAAAUCCAGUGCGCUCUCUUUGGUCGAUGUCAAUGUGACCAGAAUGUUUGGAGACAGCAGCAUCAGCUCAAUUGUGCAAGAAGUGUAUCCCCGGUUUGAUGCCCCUCCCGGCCUGAUGAGACGAGGAGGCGCAGCAGAUGCUGCAAGACUUUGCAAGAUGGCUGUCAUCGCGGCUUUGGUUGGAUCACUAGCAGCUGUCUUCCUUCGGCGGAAGCUUGUGCAGAAACACCUCCACAAGGGUGCCAAAGCCAACGUGGACAAGGAGCAGGGAGGCAUUCCAUCCUCCUAUCCGUGGGUGCUUCUCCCGUCCUUUGCAGACGUUAGAGCUGCUGGCCCUACCUUUUCCAGCGUUGGAACGGGUCUUCAGAAAGCCUUGCUAGCGAAGGGGAUGCACCAGAAAUGCCGUGGUGUGACACUUUUCGGAGGUGGUCAUGAAGACGCGCAAAGGAACAGGACGGUGAUUGCAAGAUCCAGAACAGCUGGUCCAAAAUGGCCACUGGCGGCACAGCUCCAUCGUUUGGGCUUCCAGGAGCUUGCGUUGUUGACAUUGCGGAGGGCAUCUGAACUGCGCAAACUCCUGAACGUUUCCCAGCACCAGCCAACAGCUGAAAUGGCUACCGGGGCUUGGCUUCUGAGACAUACGCUUGCUGCAGAAGAUGCAGAGGGUGUGACGCAGUUCGAGGGGGCUAGCUCUUUGCUAGCCCUAUGGGAAUCUAUGCCAAAGUCAACGAGGAGCAGCUAUGUGGCGCAAGCUUGCCUUCGGCAUCCCUUGAUUCUUCAACGGGGACACGUCAAGGUGCAAGCGUUUGUUCUUGCUCUUGAUAGCGGGCGGUGGUUCCUGCACAGGGAGACAGUAGUUGCCAUUUUGGACCCGCGGCAGCAAUCAUUGCGCGGGUGCAUGCGGACAUGUCACACGGAGGUGUGGCAGCACAUCCAGCGCUCAAUGAUGUUGGUGGCUCGCCACAAGUCCUUGGGUCAGAAAUGGCUACAGCCCACCCAGUGCAAGCCAGCUGCUUCCCCACACAGCCCGGUAGAUGCAGGCGUUUUGCACUACCAGCUCUUUGUGGUUGACUUUGUGAUCGACAGCGAUAAGCGACCUUGGCUUUCAGACAUGUUCCCAAUGUCAGAGGACACGACGGAUGAGGGCAAUGUAGCCGAUGUUGUGCGGAAAGAGGUGAUGGAGGACGCUUGCAAUCUCCUUUUGAGCCCGCUUCUGGGACAGCUGCCUAGCUACAAGCGGAAGGCAGACACAAUUGACUCCAGUCAAGACACGGGGCAAGGGAUGCAGACCUCCGGAUUUGUGCAGAUCUACGAGCCAACCAGUGGAGACAAAGCGGUUUAG